AUGUCUAGCAAACAUUCUAAUAUUGAAAGGCACGACUGGGGCGUUGAUGCACUGGCAACUGACCCAGUUGAACCUGACCGUCUAUAUAUUGCUGUUGGGAUGUAUAGUAACGAGUGGGACCCGAAUCCGGGUUCGAUCCUGCGUUCAUUGGACCAAGGCAAAACGUGGUUGGAAAGUCCUCUGCCGUUCAAAGUCGGCGGCAAUAUGCCAGGACGUGGAAUCGGAGAGAGACUCGCGGUUGAUCCGAACAAGAACAGUAUUGUGUAUUUUGGCGCCAGAAGUGGCAACGGGCUUUUCAAAAGUACGGACUUUGGAGCAACAUGGAAAGCUGUCUCUAGCUUCAAGUGGCCUGGCACUUAUUUUCAAGACUCGACUUCAAGUUAUACUUCAGAUCCUGUGGGCAUAGCUUGGAUUACCUUUGACUCAACUUCCGGAAUGAAAGGCGCUAUGACACCCCGUAUCUUUGUUGGUGUUGUUGAUGCUGGCCAGUCCGUAUUCAAGUCGGAAGAUGGUGGAUCCACGUGGAGUUGGGUAUCUGGCGAGCCUCAAUUUGGUUUCAUUCCUCACAAAGGGGUGUUGUCUCCAGCCGAGAAAGUUCUUUACGUUUCAUAUGCUAAUGGAGUGGGACCAUAUGACGGGACGAAUGGCACUGUGCACAAAUAUGACAUUAGCAAAGGAAUAUGGACCGACAUCAGUCCAACCCCAAUGAGUUCUGUCAAUUAUGGGUAUGGCGGGUUAAGCGUAGAUCUGCUGAAGCCUGGUACACUUAUGGUAGCUGCCUUGAAUAGUUGGUGGCCAGAUGAGUUGAUAUGGCGGAGCACCGACUCUGGAUCUACGUGGUCUCCAAUAUGGGCGUGGGCAAAUUAUCCCGCCCUGAACAGAUAUUACCGUUAUGAUAUCUCUGCCGCACCCUGGCUUCAAGACACUACUUCUACUGCCGAUUUUGUAUCGCAAGUGGGGUGGAUGGUCGAGGCACUGGCCAUUGACCCGUUCGAUUCCAAUCACUGGCUAUACGGAACAGGAGCGACGAUCUACGGUGGACAUGAUUUGCAGCAAUGGGACACCAUACAUAAUGUCACUUUGAAGAGUAUGGCAGAUGGAAUCGAAGAGACAGCAGUUUUGUCACUUAUUACGCCGCCAGGAGGACCCCCAUUACUCUCGGCUGUUGGAGAUAUUGGCGGGUUUUAUCACAGCUCUCUGGAUACUGCACCCUCGCAGGCCUUCCACAAUCCAACUUAUGGCACAACAAGAGAUUUGGAUUAUGCUGGUAACAAACCUGCGAAUAUUGUCCGGUCUGGAGAGAGCGAUACGGCAAUCAAGGUCGCUCUGUCUUCUGAUUUUGGGAAAUCCUGGAACGCCGACUAUGGUGCUUCGACAUCAACGGCUCCCGGUAAGGUAGCCUACUCGGCGGAUGCCGACACAGUCCUCCUCAUGUCGAGUGGUGGUGCUUUUGUUUCCCAUUUUACCAAUCCAUUUGUAUCGGUUUCUAGCCUUCCCUUGGGUGCUGCUAUUGCUUCCGACAAAAGGAACAACUCUGUCUUCUAUGGUGGGUCUGCUGGUAGCUUUUACGCGUCAUCAGACAUUGGGACUAGCUUCCUGAAGACCACUUCAUUAGGCUCUUCGACAGCUGUUAACCAAAUACGCGUGCACCCUUUAGUUGCUGGUGACGUUUGGGUAACUACUGACACGGGUCUCUACCAUUCUCUCAACUACGGGCGAGCUUUUUCAAAAAUAUACACUGGUCUGACUGCCGGAUAUGGUUUUGCUCUAGGUGCUGCAUCAACAUCUACGGGCUAUCCAGCCAUCUACGGAUUUUUCACCAUCGACGGUGUUACCGCGCUGUUCAAGUCCGAAGAUGUAGGAAUCUCAUGGGCUAUGAUUAGCGACGCUGAGAACGGAUUUGGAGCGGCGUCAGCCAACUGUGUUGGAGCAGAUAUGAGCACUUACGGUCUUGUCUAUGUUGGUACAAAUGGUCGUGGAAUAUUCUAUGGCUCUCGUAUUGGAUCAACUCCAACCUCCACCGCUACAGUCGGGACGCCUGUUACGACAAGCACUAAGUCUACUUCUACUGCGUCGAGUACCUCUCAGCUUGGGACAACAAGCGCUAAGUUUACCUCAACUUUAUCAAGCUCCUCGCAGGCGUCAACUUUGACAACGGUAAAGACGUCGAGCACCAGUUCAAAGGCUACAUCAAGCAGUUCGACAUCAUCCGCGGCUAUCCCGGGAGGCACAAGUACGCCGUACGGACAAUGCGGUGGAAGCUCUUACACUGGACCAAAAAUUUGUCCCCCACAAUGGACUUGCAAAUUUGCAAACUCGUUCUAUUCACAGUGUCUACCCUAA